AUGCCGUCUCCCAAGACUAUUGUUACCACUGCAGCUUCCGUUGCUGCUUCAACGAUGGUCGUUCGGUCCGUACUUCGUGAUCUCGUACCAUAUGAGCUGCAAUAUUACUUAUUUAGAAGCAUCCGAGGCUUCCUCAAGUCCUUUUCCUCUGAAGUGACUGUAGUCAUUGAAGAAUUCGAUGGCCUAGCCGGCAACCAAAUAUACAAGGCUGCAGAACUCUACCUGGGCAACAAAAUAUCUCCGACAAAGAUGUCUAUUUUCAUGGCAAAGAAUCAAGAAGUGUCGGAAGUGCAGUAUUAUCAGCUGAAAUUUCACAAGAAGCACAAGGAUUUGGUCUUCAAUUCUUACUUCCCUUUCAUACUAAACGAGGGGUAUAAGGUGCAGGAAGCACGAAAAACCUUGAAACUGUAUACUUUGCAAAGUGACCACUUUCGAGGAUACCCUAGUAGGGAAGAUUCAUGGCUUUCCGUGAACCUUCACCAUCCAUCCACAUUUGACACGUUGGCGAUGGAUUCAGACCUCAAGAAGACAAUAAUGGAGGACCUCGAUAGGUUCGUGAAGAGGAAAGACUACUAUGGGAGAGUAGGAAAGGCGUGGAAAAGGGGGUAUUUACUGUACGGUCCGCCGGGGAAAUCAAGCUUGGUGGCUGCGAUGGCCAAUUAUCUGAAUUUCAGUAUCUAUGACCUGGAACUUACAAAUAUCCCUCAUAACUCUCAGCUGCGUAAAGUGUUAUUGGCAACUGAAAACAAAUCCAUACUUGUUGUUGAGGACAUAGAUUGCAGCCUCGAGUCGAAAGAUGAACAAGCAGACAACAACACAUCAGCUCCAUUUGGUAAACGUCUCUCACCUCGACAAAGCCAGGUGACAUUGUCAGGAUUGCUCAAUUUCACAGAUGGGUUGUGGUCAAGCUGCGGCGAUGCAAGAAUCAUCGUGUUCACGACGAAUCACAAAGAAAAGCUCGACCCUGCUUUGUUGCGCCUGGGACGAAUGGACAUGCACAUUCACAUGUCCUACUGCACUCCUUGUGGUUUCAAAACACUGGCGGUUAAUUAACUCAGCAUGACCGACCACCCACUUUUUCCUGAAAUCGAAGAGCUAAUGAAGUCUGCGCUGGUGACCCCAGCCGAAGUUGAGGAGCAACUGCUGAAGAAUGACGAUCCUGACAUUGCCCUACAAGGACUGCUCGAAUUUCUUCAUACAAAGAGAAGGGAAAAUUCCCAAAUUUAA